AUGGCUCCGACGCUGGGGGCGGCGGCGGCGGCACAAGCCGGAGGAGCCGGGAGCAGGAGGAGGAGGAGGCGGCAGCUGAGGCGGCCGGCGACCGGGACCCGGCGGCGGCUCCUGCGGGCGGACACGGGGCGGAGCCUAAACACCGAAGGCGGGGCGGCCCGAGGAUCCGCCCCGCCCGCGCGCCAGGAACAAAGGCGCCCGCGCGCCCGUGGGGAGGACCCCCGCCCCCGGCCCACCGCGCCUGCGCCCCGCGACCCCCGGCCAGGCCGCAAGCGGGGGCGCGGGGCGCCAUGGUACGCCCCGCUCUCAAGCAAUCCGUCCGUCGCUCGGCCCCGCAGAGCUUCCUCACGCGACCCCGGCAGGGCGCGGGGCCUCCACCGGCCCCGUCACGCACGGCAGCCCCGCCCACAGGCUGCAGGCCCGCGACCGACCGGCCCGUCAGUCAGGCGCUCGUGCACGCGAAGCCACCCGCCCACUGUCCCGCACAGGCCCGACCGCAGCCUCCGCGCCGCCCGCACAGCCACCUGGAGAAGAUGCUUCUGUCUGGAAUCAUUCACCCUCUUCGUCUUCCUGAAUGCUGUGAAAACUGAGGACAUCUGCGGUCAUGGGGAGGCAUGCCUGACACGUGUUGCGCCAGGUGCUGCAUUUCAGAGAGGCGCGGCCCAGCAGAGCUUUCCGGAGAAAGAUCCAGGGACACUGGUCCCCAGUUUACUGAUGAGGACGUUCAGAGAAGUUCUACAUGACUUACCGAGCGGCCACGUCACUCACAACUGGGGACUUGAACCUAUCCACCUCUGUUUUCUGCCUCACAAGAGGGCCUCUGGCUUAGCAAACUUCCCUGAUCUGCCUCUGGAGCACUUAGCACAGCUGCAUCAGACCAUUCCCUACUGCAGUACAGGCACAGAAAUGCCAAGAGCCAAGGACAGUAGAGUGUGCUAAGGGCUCCUGGAGCACUAAGAAGGCACUCUUGACCUCCACCAGAACUGUUGGUGGCUGUGGAGAGAAACAGAAGUGACAGACAGCAUUUAUGAGGAUAUGCCAGCUCCAAACAAGGGAACCUUCAAGAAAAAGGGCUUGAUUGAGAACUGAUAACCUGGGACCUCAUCAGUCCAGAAGCUCAGGAAGAGAGCCUGGUGGGACCAGGAUUUUUGGAUGCUAAUCUUUCAAUGACAGAGCAUCAUAAGAAGGGCUAGAGAUGACAGCUGUUAUCAAAUGGGUCCUGUGCCAAUUUCUGGGCUUCACUACAAGGAGGAGCUAUUUUUGAAGAAGCUGAGGCAUAAUCCUUGCAAAUAAUAAGAGCACUUCACUAUUCAGCUUCUACCAGCACUCUGCAACAGAGCUGCCAUCUUCUCAAGAAAAAACAAUGCACUGAAGAGAAUAUCCAAGAAGCUAAAAAUAUGGCAAUUAAAAGGUACACAGGAAAUAAGCAGCUCGGCCAGUCUAUCCCAAAUCAAUACAAGCAUGGCCUGGUUCUGGCACUGUUUUGAAAAGGAGAUGAGAUGGGAGGGAAGUUAUAACUCAAAAGUAAGAGGUAUGAAAAUAUUUAACUUUUGACACUUCUUCCUCAAAUCAAAUAUGGUGGAAAGGAAGAGAUAAGAGUUGUUUGAGUCUUUCUUGCUUUUUGGAAUCCUUGAAGCAUUUCUGGAAUUUAAGUUCUUGGUUUUUGUUUAGAAACCACAGCAGGUAAUGCCAUGAAGCUAGAGUCCAAACCAGUGGCCUCAAACUGCUAGGGACAGGAGAACCCCAGAGCUGCAGUCACCUUGCUGACCUGUGAGGUCAACAGAACCUCCACAGAGAAAAUAAAUACAUGCUUGAUUCACACACACUGGCCUACUGCUCAGAGUCUAGAAUUGUUUAUUAGACACACACACACACAAACACACACAGCUCAUGACUAAAAACAGAGGCCAUCAUUGUGAGAGAAUCAUUAAAUAUGUUUUACUAUGAAUGGCUCGCUUCCAACAUCUAUGUUGUCCAAAGCCAAGCUGAGGGAAUAGAUUCUAAAUACAAAAGCAUCACAGAUGCCACAAGCCAGAUUUUUCUCAGGCUAGAAAUGCAGCAAACCACAAUCUUUUAACCAUUUAUGUGAAUGCUAAAUUGGCAGGCUGUGUCAAAUUCUCUCAAAGCGUCAAAGAAUCCAUUGAUUCACUUGGAGAACAGGGGCGUGUGUUUGCUUUGUGGGCACAUAGGACAGGAGUUCCUGGGCUUGGAGGGCUCGUCUGGCAGGCAGCCUGGGCUGCCCAAACAGUGGUUUCAGAAUGAGAGCAACAAAAGGCCUCCUCAUGCUCCAGGGAGGGUCUCCUGAAUUAGGUAAAUAGCACUUGAAUAUUUAUGUUUUUAUUUUUGGUUUGGAAUAACAUGAAAAGAAUAAACAAUACUAGAUGACCACCAGCUAAUGGAGUGGCAGCAAAUGGGUGCUACUAGGAUGGACAGUCUAUAUAAAGUUCCCUGCCCACCAACAUGGUUCAAGGAUUUUUAGUCACGUAUAUUCCUUCAUCAUGGACAUGUACAGCCCUUUGGGACAGCCAGAUGGCAUCUGUAGCAUAAAUAGGCUGUAUCUGUUUUUUGACCCAGAUGUACUACUUCUGGAUACUUAUCUUUGAGAAAUAAAUAGAAGGAAUAUACUCUGAGCCUGAAAAUGUACAAGUCACAUUCCAUAAAACCAGUUUUUAAAUUUCACAAACUUGGCUCAAAAAAAAACCAAAAAAACACACACUGUAAUUUCCUUAACCUCUAGUUGAAAUUUAGUAUUUCUUCUUAAAUAUUAAUGUGGGCAAUGAACUAUAAUAAUAUCAGUAGUACCUGUUAUUACCACCAAUAAAUGUCAUAUUUUCAUAUCACAA